UCACUGAAUAAAGUGAAGCAGACAGCUCAACAGUAGAACUUUAUCGAGUCGAUCUUGUAUACAUAUAUAUCUAUUUGUACAUAUAAACACAUAUGUAUACAAUUUUAUCGCAAUGUGAUAAAUUAUUUUUAUGCCAAGUAUCACAUAUUUAUAAAUAUAAAAAUUAAAAUCACAUUUUUAAAGAAUAUAUAAUAAUCUUUAUAACACAAAAUUAUGUGCUCGAAUGCUAGAAAUAAGCACAAAACAGUGCCAAAUCAAGGAUCCUUGUCCAUAAUGCUAAAACAAAUGGUAGUGGAUUUUAUGAAAUGUAUGAUUGUCCAGAUACACUGGCUCUUUGACAUUAUUGUUGAUUUUUGCUUUGGCCUCUAUUACGACAGUAAAGUCCAACGAGUUCCACCUGUAAAAAAUAAAUUAUUACUUGAAAGCGGUUGCAGUCUGGCGAAGAAAAUACGAGAAGGAACUGUAAGUGCCGAGGAAGUGGUGCGUACAUUCAUUGAUAGAUGCAAAGAGGUGAAUGGUUUGUUGAACACAAUUGUCGUGGAAUGUUACGAGAGUGCCAUAAAAGAAGCACAAGAGGUGGAUAAAUUAUUGAAGACAGAUGUGGACCGUGAAAUAUUAAGGAAAACGAAACCAUAUCUGGGUGUUCCAUUUACAACAAAAGAGAGCAAUGAAGCAAAAGGUUUGAAGCACUCAAUGGGAAUGAUAUGUCGACGAGAUCAUAUUUCAACGGAAGAUGCGACAGUUGUGGGGCUACUGAAAGAGGCUGGAGCAAUAAUUAUAGCGAAAACAAAUAUUCCCGAGAUGAAUUUGUGGAUUGAGUCGAGAAAUAAUGUUUAUGGACAAACUAACAAUCCGUACGAUACAACACGUACAGUUGGAGGAAGUAGUGGGGGUGAGGGAGCUAUCGUUGCCGCCUGCGGUAGUGCUAUUUCCAUAGGUAGCGAUAUUGGCGGUUCUACACGAAUUCCCUCAUUUUGCAAUGGAGUUUUUGGACACAAACCCAGUGAAGGAACAACCUCAACAAAAGGCAUCGGAAUGAGAAGCGAAAAUUCCAGAGACACGAUGGUUGGUGUUGGUCCAAUGUGUAAAAAUGCCGAAGAUCUUUUGCCACUAUUGAAAAUUUAUGUUGGUGAAAAUAUUUCCAUGCUGAAACUAGACAGUCAAGUUGAUGUGAAAAAUUUAAAAGUAUUUUAUCAAGUCUCAUCGGGCGACAUUCGUUCGAGUUCGGUUAGUAAAGAAAUGCGAUCCACAUUGAUGAAGGCUGUGCGUCAUUUCGAACAAGUCACUGGAUCUGCAACAAAGAUUAAAAUGCCGGGUUCGGAAUACAGUUACCGAAUCUGGAGGUAUUGGAUGACUCAGGAGAAGGGGGAUUUUAGACAUCUUAUCACGAAUAGAAAGAGUGUCACGAGUGCAAGAGCAGAAGUAAUGAAAUUAGUGAGUUGUCAAUCGGAAUUAACAUUGGCAGCUAUUCUCAAAUUGUCCGACAUGGAUUUCUUGCCACAGGAGAAUGCUGAUUGGGCACGAUUUGUAACGUCCACUUUGAAAAAAUUUUUAUUAGAUAAACUUAGCGAUAAUGGAAUUCUUCUUUAUACUUCGUCACCGAAUUCUGUCCCGUACCACUAUGCCUCAUACCUUAAACCAUUUAAUUUUGGUUACUUCUGUCUUUUUAACGCUCUAAGAUUUCCUGUUUGUCAAGUGCCAAUGGGACUGGAUCGCAAUGGUUUACCGACUGGAAUUCAGGUUGUUGCUGCUCCAUACAACGAUCAUCUUUGUCUUGCUGUUGCAAAAGAACUGGAAAGAGCCUUUGGUGGAUGGGUGCCUCCAUCAUAAUUUUUUUUCCUCCCUUAAAUAUGAUAAAUAUUACAAUUUCACUCCAUUAUUAUCAUAUUUACAAAAAUAUGAUAUAAUUUUCAUAUUCUAUACUCUUAUAAAUAUUUUCCAAUUUU